CUACAGAGGAAGAAGAACUGCCAUCUUACACUUUGGCCAAUAAAGUGUCUGUGUACAAAGGUGACAUCACUAUCCUUGAGGUGGAUGCCAUUGUGAAUGCUGCAAACUCGUCUCUGCUUGGGGGUGGAGGAGUGGAUGGUUGCAUACACAGAGCUGCUGGUCAUCUUCUGUAUGAUGAGUGCCACUCGUUAAACGGCUGUGACACCGGCAAAGCCAAGAUCACCUGUGGCUAUGACCUCCCUGCCAAAUAUGUGAUCCACACUGUUGGCCCAGUCGCCAGAGGAAAUGUUGGCCAGUCCCAAAGAGAUGACCUCGAAUCAUGCUACAAAAACUCCCUCAAGCUGGUGAAAGACAAUAACUUGAAAUCUGUGGCAUUUCCAUGCAUAUCAACAGGAAUUUAUGGUUUUCCCAAUGAGCCAGCAGCAGAAAUUGCCCUGAGGACUGUGAAGGACUGGAUUUUGAGCAAUAGAGAUGAGAUCGACCGUGUCAUAUUCUGUGUCUUUCUGGAGAUGGAUUAUGAGAUUUACAACAGGAAGAUGUCAGAUUUCUUCUCCCCAGAUAAUGACGGCCAUGAGGAGGAGGAAGAUGCCAAGAUGGAGGACGAUAACACACAGACUAAAGGAGAAGAUGAUGCCACUCAAGGUGAUAAGAAGGAAGAUGUGGAGAUGAUGAGCCAGUCAGAUGAAAUCUAUGCAGAUGAUGUAAAGAUGGGAAGCCAGAAGCAAGAUGACAGUCCGGAUGACGAAACUCUCGAGCAGGUGAAAGAAAAGUCUGAGAAAGGAGAUUCUAAAGUGGAGGAGAGUCCAGCUGCAAAGGAAAACCUUGAAGAGGGGAAUAAGGAGAAAGAAAGGGAGGAAGACAAGAAAGAAAACAAUGGGGGAGACACAGAAGUUGCAGGGGAGGAGAAAGGUGGCAGCCCAGAGAAGAAGAUGCAAACCGGCCAGACUGAUGAAGAGGGACAACAGAGGAAAGACCCAACAAAGAGUGCAGGCACACAGGAGGGCACCAUUGAAGAAGCUGAAGUUGCCAUGGAUGUUCACGAUGCUGAUAAAAGUGAGACUGAAUCAGCCAUGGAGAAAAACACCACCAGCACUAAAGUUGAAAUGAAAGCCCAGGACAAGAGUUCACAAGAGCCUGCAUCAAUUCCAACAGACAGCAGUCAGUCCAAAGAUGGCCAAGUCAGUAAGUGUGCACAGAGAAAGGAAUGAGACGACAAUCAGCCUCAUAGGAACGAGUGCCGGCAAACUGUGUGAAGGCAAACAUCACACCAAUUUUGUCCCGCUCCAGGGAGUCGCCCACAAACACUGGGAGAAGAGAUGACCCCCAUUCCCUUCACCAUCUUUCCUUCUAUUCACCCUGUCUUUCCUGUCCAUUUCUUCAUAUUAAUGUUAAAUCAAAUAUAUAGCUGUGUAAAAAGGAACAAAAUAAGUGUUUGAACAUAUCAGAGAGAGUGCAGGAGACGAAGAAGCUGGAGGAGGGCUGCUAUACCUCACUGACAUGCUGCUUGAUCAAUAGUUAUUCAGCUCGGCAUUCAGGUGCUGUAUCUGAAGUGGUUUUAAUUAGAUGGAUUGGUCAAAUGCAUCCUAAAAUCAUUCUGAUACUUUCAACUACGCACUUAUUUGUAAUGCUACGGAUAAAGAGCAAAGACGAGGCUGAAUUUUCCAUCCUGCUAACUCGUAUUACAAGAUUCAGAUAAUGAUCAGAUUCUAUAGCCCUUUCCAACAAAUAAAGAGACAUUUCUCCCAAAAAUGAAAACUCUGUCUUUAUUUACUCAUCAUCAUGUUGUUCUGAAACUGUAUGACAGAUGUUAGGCAGAAUGACAGCCUCAGUCUCCAUUCACGGUCAUUGUAUGGAAAAAACAUCGCAAUGAAAGUGCAUCUUCCAACAGAGGAAAGAAAUUAAUACAGAUUUGUAACAACAUGAUGAUGAGUAAACGAUGACCGAAUUGUCAUUUUUGGUUGAACUAUCCCUUUAAGAUGUCUUUCAGGUGAAUAACACUAAAAUGGCUGUAAAUGUCAGUUUGUGCAUGAGUUUGUGUGCGCAUACACAUGCCAGUGAUGUCACUUUAAAGAGUUUUCUCUUUGUGUGUGAGCUUCAGAACCAAGUCAGGUCAAAUGAGGAGAAAAUCUCUUGAUUGUAAUCGCAUAUCGAGUGGUGACGCUCAUCCUUGUAGCACGCUAUCAACAAGUCCUCAGCUUCGACAGGGGGCUUGUGCACGAUUCUCCUUUGAAACAACACGUCAUGCUCACGGAGACACCAUGUAAUCUCUGACUACUGCGAACGCCUGUUAAAAAAAAAGAUAACCUCAACUGUAUCAAACUGACGUGGCCGUUUUUGACAAAUGUGCUAACAGAUGAAUUCCUUUAAGGUUUAUCCAGAUGCAUGCCAGCAUUGUUAAAAACAUUUUAGUUGCAUUCUACUCCAUCUUUAUCUCUCUCUCACUCUAUUUUCCAUGCAUAAAUAGAUGUUAAAUCUCACUUGCAAGCUCUCAAUAUUUUUACCAGAUUGUCUCUGCAUCUCCGAUCAUCUGCCUUAUUUCAGGAGACACGUAUUACAUGGUCAGAAAAUGGUGGUGGUAAUAAAAAUGGCAUAUACUAAGCUUGUGGCUUUGAAUGAGUUAAAUUCUACUUUAGGUGAUGAGUGAUACACUUUCUUAAAAAAAAAAAGAAGUUCUAUCCUUUUUUGGAUUUUUGUUUGUUUGGUUGGUUGAUUUUCUUGCAUCUAAUGUUUUUGUUGAUUAAAAAACAAAUGUAUUCAGAAGGUUAAUUUGCUCCUUUAUGUAGUGCCAUACUGUAUAUCAGAUAAACUUCUGCCUUCAUUCUUUGAUGUUUGCUUUGCUAUAAAACAACUAUGAAUAAAGUUAUAAAGUUGUUUCCCUGGG